AUGUCCAAUUCCUCCAGCGUUGAGCUUCCUCCUUCUCUCAACCUCCCCCCUCAUCUCAGCGCCCAGAAGUAUUUUCUGGUUUGUACGUUGACCGUCGCAGCUUGGGACACUCUUGUCCUUUCCCCGAGAAAUUGGAGAUUGGCGAAGACUAGUGAAUGGCCCGUUCUCAAAAUUAUCUUUCAUUUCCUGAGAGUGUUUAUGCCCGUGGAGUUCACUAUCGUCGCGGUUGCAUUUUUCGACACUAAAUGGUCACAAGCGUCAUGCCAGCAUUUCUUCUUAUUCGAGCCAAUCUGCACCGCUAUCCUGCUUGCUGCUACUUCUGCUGUCCAUGUCAUCCGCACGCACGCCAUCUAUGAUAAAAGCCGACCAGUCCUUGUUGGCAUGGGCUCUCUGUAUGCUAUUCAGAUUGUGGUCACAGCUAUAUGCUGUGGUUUUUACCGCUCUGUUCCCCUUGAUGUUGGACAAGGUUGUAUCGCAGGUCCAAAACAUAAUUGGGUCGGUAUUUACUGGCUUGCUCCUACUCUUCUCUAUUCUGCGUCGUUCGCCCUUGCUUUACACCGCUCUAUUGUCUCUCUUCAAAUCAAGCAUCUGAGUCCUUGGAAGCUGAUGCUUCGUGAUGGUCUCAAUCUUUACGGUGCCAUCUGGGGUGUCAAUAUGGUGAACAUGCUAUUCUGGUUCAUCAUGAAGCCCACAGGUAUCGAAGACCCUAUUAAGACCAUUGUAACUAGCAUGACUGCAGUACUUACGACCUCAAUGACCCUCCGAAUCAUCCUCAAUAUCCGUGGUUCUCUCAAAUCCGGCGGUGUCUUCACCGGAGGAACCGCAUCUAGUGGCCACUCUUCUUCGCGCACGACUCACGUCAUCUCUACUCGUUCUGGUGGACACCACAGCUCCCAAGCAGCUCACACUUAUAACCUCGAAGACAUGCGUACGACGAAACCAGAAGCCAACUGGUCCGAGCCCGACGCCGACAACAAAGUAAUUGCUAUCGAUGGAGCGCAACUGGAUCCCGACGGUGUUAGAGUUACCGUCGACAGGGAAGUUGGAUACGAUCAGUAUCAUCACACUAAGUAG